AUGCUUCGAUCAUCCAUUCGUCAGUUUGUUUGGCAUGCUAUUGGUAAUGGCCGGAACACGAAUGCAUGGCAUGACAACUGGUGUGAUCAUAGCCCUUUGGGAGAUUUCAUUACUCCAAGACGAAUACAUGGGGCGGGUUUUAAUAUGCGCUCUAAUGUUGCAGAUCUUGUAAAUCAACAAAAUGAGUGGUUGUGGCCGGCUACGUGGCUUCAGAUAUAUCCGGUUUUGAGGAAUCUUAUGCCGCCGAUUCUUAACCAAAACGCUCCAGAUAGGCUGAUUUGGAAGGAUAUACAAGAUAAGCAUAGGGAGUUUAGUGCGAGUGAGGUUUGGGAGAACAUCCGCUCGCAUGGGGAAGAGGUAGGUUGGGCUGAGUUGGUGUGGUUUAGUCAAUGUAUCCCUAGACACUCGUUUCACAUGUGGCUAGUUAUUAAGAAUAAGCUGAAAACUCAGGAUCGUAUGGGGAUUUGGGACGUCGGAAGUGCAACCAAUCUAAAUCUCAUGUGUUGUCCGCUUUGCUGGAAUGGUAAAGAUUCUCGUGAUCAUUUAUUUUUUCAGUGUCCUUAUGGUUUGCAAGUGUGGAAUAUGGUAAAAAGGUUGGCUUACAUGGAAACAGUUGAUGCCAAAUGGGACUCUAUUAUGACAUGGUUUUCACAAAACCCUUCGGGUAAGUCGUCAGAAAUUUUAGUUGGUAAAAUGGUUGUUGCUGCUUCGACUUAUUUUAUCUGGCAAGAAAGAAACAACAGGUUAUUUUCUCCAAAUCACCGGAAUGCUACUUUGAUUGCAAAUAUAGUCCUCCAUACGGUUCGCAUGAAGUUGAUGACGUUCAAGGCAGGGAGAGGUUCCAAGAACCCGUUAUUGUUAGAGCGGUGGAAGUUCCAAGUGAAGACUAUGAGCAUCGAUCCAGGCUAG